GCGACCAGACGUCGCCGCGUCAUCACGGAGCGACAGCCAGCUAGCUACGCAGUUGUUACUUUGAUCGGAUUUGUGGUACUUUUCCUCCGCGGGCGAGUUGAUCAAAGUCCGUUUAAAGACGUCAGCUGUGGAGCCGCAGGGACCCGGACUAACCCGGACCAGGACCCGGACCAGACCGCAGCCCGGCUCCGCGUCGCGCGCUCUGUGUUCGGAGAUCUUUGAGGAGAAUGCUAACUGUUAGCUGCCGUUAGCUCAGAUUAGCUCGGUGUGCGUUUGAUCCUUCGUCUCUGAUAUGGAGUAUCCCGGAGGAGGGGGGGCGGUGCUGGGCAGCGGGAACGUCCCGGCCUUCCUCACCAAGCUGUGGACCCUGGUGGAGGACCCGGAUACUGACCCGCUCAUCUGCUGGAGCCCGAGUGGAACCAGCUUCCACGUGUUCGAUCAGGGCCGCUUCUCUAAAGAAGUUCUACCAAAGUUCUUCAAACACAACAACAUGGCCAGCUUCAUCAGACAGCUCAACAUGUAUGGUUUCAGGAAGGUGGUCCACAUUGAGCAGGGCGGUCUGGUGAAACCAGAGAAAGACGACACAGAGUUCCAACAUCCGUUCUUCAUCAGAGGACAAGAAGGCCUGCUGGAGAACAUCAAACGCAAAGUUACUAACGUGCCGUCUGUGCGUCAGGAAGAAGCCAAGAUGUCUGCAGACGACGUGCACAAGAUCCUGAACGACGUGCAGCUGAUCAAAGGCAAACAGGAGACCAUCGACUCCAGAAUCAUCUCCAUGAAACAUGAGAACGAGGCUCUGUGGAGAGAGGUUGCCAGUCUGAGACAGAAACACCUUCAGCAACAGAAAGUCGUCAACAAGCUGAUCCAGUUCCUGGUGUCUCUGGUCCAGUCCAACAGGAUCAUGGGAGUCAAGAGGAAGAUGCCUCUGAUGCUGAAUGACUCUAGCUCCGCCCACUCCAUGCCUAAAUACAGCCGCCAGUUCUCAUUGGAGCACAUGCAGGCUGCAGCCAGUCUGCUCUCAGCCGACUCUCUGGUGACCUCUGGACCAAUCGUCUCUGACAUCACAGAUGUGGUCACGCCCACAGCGGAGAGCGUGAUCAGUGAUUGGAUGGAUGCAGGAGACAGCCAAUCAGUGCAAGUCAAAGAGGAGCCGCUCAGUCCUGACGUGGAGCCGUGUCCUGUCCUGGAGGGCGUAGACACACCUGUGGACACACCUGUAGACACGCCCCUCUCCCCCACCACCUUCAUCAACUCCAUCCUGCAGGAGAACGAGACACAGACGCCCCUCAACACCUGCACCACAGAUCCUGCAGCAGUCAGUCCCAUUGUUGUGAUGAGCCCUGCCUCAGAGGGGCCCCUCCCAACAGCCACAACCAGCCAAUCACCUGCCUCCGUUCCCACCUUGAACUCUGCGCCCUGCCCCACCAAACUUCAGCAGAGUUGUCAGACCAUCGCCUGCAUCGACAAACCCCGCCCCCCUCCCUCUGCAGGUGGACUCUCACCUGACGUUUGGCGCUUCGUUCCAACACGAACUGAUAUAUCUGAACUGUCCAAUCACGUGGACUGUAUUGACAGCAGUCUGGAGAACCUGCAGAGCAUCCUGAACAAUCAGACCUUCACCUUCGAUACGUCUCCCCUCAUGGAGUUCUUCAGUUCGUCCGGUUUCUCUGGAGAUUUUGACGUUGACAGUUUGGACAAUCUGCUGUGUGAUGACGUCCCAAACGGAGCCGAUGACAGCGUGGACACAGGGAAGCAGCUGGUGCACUACAUGUCGGCCCCCGUCCUGCUGGAGGCGGAGCCGCCCGCCGACGACCCCCCCGCUGCACUGCUAAGCCCCGCCCACCUGCACUCUGACCUCUGACGUCAUCCACCAGUCGCCAUGGCAACAGGGCGGUCAGAGCGAUGAAAUCAGAGUUUUUAUUAUUAUUAUUAUUAUUAUAAUAUUAACCGUUUAUAUGUCUUCUUCUUCUACUCUUUUUACUUUAGCUUUUUCUUCUUCGCUGCUUUAGUUGAGUCAUUUUGUUUCCAGAUGUUUCCAGCUGUUCUCUGGUAACAGCUGGAGCCAGAAAACAGCUGGAGACAUCAGCUGGUAACCAGCUGAUGUCUCCAGCUGUUUCCAGCUGUUCUCUGCAUGUGUGUUUUCAUGUGUAAAAUAUAUCAACUGAAGAGAAACGGAGUAUUUUUUGAAAAGUUUAUUAUGAUGAAUGACAGUGUUUAACCCCCCUCCCGUUACCACGGAGACGUCCUGGGA